AUGGUGGUUCCAACAAGUUCAAAGGCAAAAUCGAUAAGACUCAAGGUAAGAAGUAUUGGUCGAAUCCUCACAAGAAUAAGGUCGGUGAUAGAGCUUCUGAAUCUUCAAAAAGAGGAGAAGGAAAUUCCUAUCAGAAAGACAAAAAAGAAGAAAAAAAGAUAUCCUGAUGAUAUGGUGGUUAUGGAUAUAGUUGCAGAUGACCAUGUCGAAUCCAAUAUCUGGUUCCUCGACCCAGGUUGCUCGAAUCACAUGACUGGUCGAAAAGUCUGGUUAGUAGAUUUCGACGAGUCGAAGAAGAGUAAGGUUAAACUUGCUGAUAAUAGCUUGUUGCAAGCUAAAGGUACUGGGAAUAUAGUUAUUCAAAGGAGUAUUGGAGCGAAAGCCUUGAUCAAAGAUGUACUCUAUAUCCCUGGAAUGAAGUGCAAUCUGUUAAGUGUUGGACAACUCAUCGAAAAGGGGUUCUCAAUGGUUAUGAAAGAUUGA